CAAGAUGAGAAACAUUUAAGAAAAUCCCAAGAAACUGUGUCUACCCUUGCUUGAAAUCUAAGUUGGUAUUUCCAUAACUAUUUAAUUUUUCUCCACAACUGAGACAUAUACUAAUGAAUGCAUAUGCAUGUGCAAAUUAUAUUAUAAUGUAGUAGUACAUAAUUUCAAGAACCUAUUAUCAAGAUUGAAGUUGUGAGCUUGAUUUUACCGUAAGUCUCUGUGUGUUCAUUUCAAUGUUAAUUCUUUAAGUUUUCAUAAAUUCCAGCAAAAGAAAAUCUACAGACACGAUGAUGAGCAAUCUAAAACUCGGUGUGGACGUGAUCGGAGCACACAAUCUCUUCCCAAAAGACGGGCAAGGAACAUCGAACGCAUACGUCGAGCUUUACUUCGAUGGUCAGAAGCACCGAACAACGAUCAAAGAUCGUGACUUAAACCCGGUUUGGAACGAGAGUUUCUUCUUCAACAUCUCAGAUCCAUCUCGUCUUCACUAUCUCAAUCUUGAAGCUCAAGCUUAUAGCCACAACAGAUCUACAAAUGGACGUUCCUUCCUUGGCAAGGUAUCUCUCUCAGGGACCUCUUUUGUUCCUCAUUCUGAUGCUGUUGUUCUUCACUUUCCCAUGGAAAGACGUGGUAUCUUCUCUCGUGUUAGAGGUGAGCUAGGUUUGAAGGUUUACAUAACCGACGAGGCUUCUUUAAAAUCCUCUGCUGCUUCUAAUGAUCAUCAAGAUAAUCUUGAUCCGGCGCUCCCAAGAGUUUCAGCAAUGAAGGUAGAACAUAGGUCCGACAAACGACAUGUCUUUUACAAUCUCCCGAACAAUGCUCAAGAACAUCAACAACAACAACAUCCACAAGGGUCUAACCAACCCUCUUCCUCAGCCGCUGAACCGGAUCAUAAUAAUGAACAUCAUAACCACUAUGUGCCAAAGCAUCAAGUAGACGAGAUGAGACCCCAACCACCACCACCUUCAAAGCUAGUCCAUGCGCAUUCAAUUGCUUCGGCUCAGCCAGCAGAUUUCGCCCUUAAGGAAACAAGCCCGCAUCUCGGUGGUGGAAGAGUCGUUGGUGGGCGUGUUAUUCACAAAGACAAAACCGCUACGAGUACUUAUGAUCUUGUCGAGAGAAUGUAUUUCCUCUAUGUCCGCGUAGUCAAAGCUCGUGAACUACCAAUAAUGGAUAUAACAGGAAGUGUUGAUCCUUUUGUCGAGGUGAAAGUGGGGAACUACAAAGGUAUCACAAGACAUUUUGAGAAGAGACAACAUCCGGAAUGGAACCAAGUGUUUGCAUUCGCGAAAGAGCGAAUGCAAGCCUCGAUGUUGGAAGUAGUGGUUAAAGACAAAGAUCUUUUGAAAGACGAUUAUGUCGGGUUUGUUCGGUUUGACAUUAACGAUAUCCCUCUUCGAGUGCCUCCGGACAGCCCACUUGCUCCGCAAUGGUAUAGAUUAGAGGAUAAGAAAGGGGAGAAGAUCAAAGGGGAGCUAAUGCUCGCUGUUUGGAUUGGUACACAAGCGGAUGAAGCUUUCUCUGAUGCUUGGCAUUCUGAUACUGCAAUGCCUGUUGAUUGUUCUCCAGCCAUCUCUGCCGUUCUUCGCUCAAAGGUCUAUCAUGCGCCUCGUCUAUGGUACGUGCGUGUGAACGUGAUCGAAGCACAAGACUUGAUUCCGACAGACAAAACUAGGUUUCCUGAUGUUUACGUCAAAGCGCAGCUAGGGAACCAAGUCAUGAAGACCAGACCAUGCCAAGCUCGAACCCUUGGCGCUGUUUGGAAUGAAGACUUUUUGUUUGUUGUCGCAGAGCCUUUUGAAGACCAUUUGGUUCUCACUGUCGAGGACCGGGUGGCUCCAGGAAAGGAUGAGAUAGUUGGCCGUACUUACAUUCCUUUGAACACAGUAGAGAAGCGAGCUGAUGACCAUAUGAUACAUGCGCGCUGGUUUAAUCUUGAGAGACCAGUUGUUGUAGAUGUGGAUCAGCUCAAGAGAGAAAAAUUUUCUAUGAGGAUUCAUCUCCGAGUUUGUCUUGAAGGAGGAUACCAUGUGUUGGAUGAAUCGACUCAUUACAGCAGCGAUCUCCGCCCAUCCGCUAGACCGCUAUGGAGACAACCGAUUGGAGUACUUGAGCUUGGGAUCUUAAACGCUGUUGGACUUCACCCGAUGAAGACUAGAGAAGGAAGAGGAACCUCUGACACCUUUUGCGUUGGGAAAUACGGCCAAAAAUGGGUUAGAACGAGGACAAUGGUGGAUAACUUGUCUCCCAAGUACAACGAGCAGUAUACGUGGGAAGUAUUUGAUCCAGCUACGGUUUUAACCGUUGGUGUGUUUGAUAAUGGACAGAUCGGUGAAAAGGGAAACAGAGAUGUGAAGAUUGGAAAGAUCCGUAUAAGGUUGUCUACUUUAGAGACGGGAAGAAUCUACACACAUUCUUAUCCGUUGCUUGUUCUUCACCCUACUGGGGUAAAGAAGAUGGGGGAGCUGCAUAUGGCUGUGAGGUUCACAUGCAUCUCGUUUGCAAACAUGCUUUACCAAUACACAAAACCGCUAUUGCCCAAAAUGCAUUACGUAAGGCCAUUCUCGGUUAUGCAGCAGGACAUGCUUCGUCACCAAGCGGUGAAUAUAGUGGCUGCACGGCUAGGCAGAGCAGAGCCUCCUCUAAGGAAAGAGAUCAUUGAGUUUAUGUCGGACACGGAUUCACAUUUGUGGAGUAUGCGUAAGAGCAAAGCCAAUUUCUUCAGGAUGAUGACUGUUUUCUCAGGUGUUAUUGCGGUUGGGAAAUGGUUUUCUGACAUUUGCUCGUGGAGAAACCCAAUCACGACAGUUCUCGUUCAUGUUCUGUUUCUGAUGCUUGUUUGUCUCCCUGAACUGAUCCUACCAACAAUGUUUCUGUACAUGUUUCUGAUCGGGCUUUGGAACUACCGGUUUAGACCGCGUUAUCCACCGCACAUGAACACGAAAAUCUCUCAGGCCGAGGCUGUCCAUCCAGACGAGCUUGAUGAAGAGUUUGACACGUUUCCAACCACCAGAAGCCCUGACAUGGUACGGUUACGGUAUGACCGGCUUAGAAGCGUGGCCGGGAGGAUUCAAACCGUGAUUGGAGAUCUUGCAACGCAAGGAGAGCGUUUUCAAGCACUUUUAAGCUGGAGAGAUCCACGCGCGACCGCAAUAUUUGUUAUAUUUUGCUUUCUUGCGGCCAUUGUUUUCUUCAUAACACCGAUUCAGAUCGUUGUAGCGUUGGCUGGUUUCUUCACGAUGAGGCAUCCAAGGUUCCGGCACCGGCUUCCUUCUGUUCCAGUUAACUUCUUCCGCCGCUUGCCUGCCCGAACCGAUAGUAUGCUUUAGCUUUAAAAGUCCCCUUAUAUUGGCUGGAUGUAUUUUUAUUUUAAUAUUCUCAUUGGUGAAUUGAAUGAUAGAUAUAUGCUAUUAUUAUUUUGAA